AAACGUUAAUUUUUUAUAUGUAAUAUACUAACUAUCAUAUAAUUAAAGUAUACAGAACAAAAUUCUAUAAUUCAGAAAAAUGUAAAUUUUAACAAAUGAAUGUGAGAUUGAAGUCGAGCCACUUAGACUACAGAUUUCACCUCGGUAUCUUCUUUACAAAUUGCUAAAGAUACAAAACGUUCUCGAGUCUGACGAGUACAUAAUCUCUCGGAUCGCGGGUUGCGCUUGAUCAGCACUCCUGUCUCGUGUUUCACGUCCGAUGUCAUUGUCAUUAAGCGUAUGUUCAAAUGCCUGGUACCCAGGACAAAAUACCCGUGUCCACGUUUGACUUCAAAUCCAGAUCACCCAACGCGCCCCUAAGUCUUAUAGGCACACACGUUACUAAUGCAGAUAUCACAACUCUAGCAAAUCAAAACGAAAUGCGCUAUCGUGGGUGAAUGCUGAUGAACACCUUCUCGGUGUUGUCGUCUGUUUGUUUUGUUUACAUCACGAGUCACACGGAGUAUCACUGAGUCAGAUGCUUGUCUCUAGCGUACACCAUAUGCUCAUUCCUGGCACCUAACUGCAAAUGACAUCCGUUUAUAAUAGCCGACGUUCAUUCGUACAUACAUACCGUAUGACACUAAAUGGCUCUCUGCAGUUUUACCAGACUGAACACCUUAAUUGUUGUAGGCUACGGCUAUGAGUCUAAUAAAUCGAAACGCCGCGGCAACGCCGGUGCUGAGUAGAAGCUGUCAAUAAGCCAUUAUCGAGGCCUCAUGCACGCAUCUGUUUCGAAAACAAAUGCAAGCGUUUUAAUUGGCGCUGUCUAACUUUACUCUCUAAUGUACACGCUCCAUUUGAAGUUGAUCUGUCUGGGCAAUGUUUUGUCGUCAUGCUUGAAAUGUGCCUGGAGAGAAAGCAAGAGGAUUCUCAUUCACUCGGUGUUCAGAGCGAACUUGUUGACUUAGAUAUACGGUGGUUGUCUGUUCAAACAGAAUUUAGCAACAGGCUCUGAUAAAAGAUUGUAUUCGAGGAAGAACACUGUUCUUUGGAUGUAGAAAGUAAAUGAUCGGAGCUCGAAACUAGCCGAUUAGUGAGAAAGUAGACAUUUACACAAUUGAAGCUUAAUGUUAACAGGAUGAUGUUGGUAUGUUUUUAUGAAAUAACAGUAUAGAAAAGAAGACUAUUGAAGUGGAACUUUACUUGAUCGUAUUUGCAGCCAAAGAAAACAAGAAAAAUACGGUGUUGGCAAACAAUAUACAGAUAUAGCUGUACAGCCUUUUGUAAGCACCAAAAAGAACAAAGAAGAGCGUUAGUGCCAGAUAGCGGUACACCUGAACAAUAAACCAAGGUGGACAGUCGUCGAAAGUCGGUGUGACUGUCGAUGAUCGCAGUUAUUCAGGACGGUGUAAAAGUGUCCUUAUGUAUAAGAAAUGUUACAAUGGUACAUCGAACAGUUUGUGCAUAUAUAAGCGAAGCUACAUCGUUAGAUAGAGAGCAUCCGGAUAGUAGAUUAUGAACGCUUGUGUAUUACUUUGCUUGAUCAUACAAAGCCAGAGAAGCCAGCUUAAAAAACGAUUUUAAUUUUUUUUUCAUUGCGGAAUGAAAUUCACUGAACAAUGUAUUUGUUUGAAAGUUGUUGUUGUUCAGCUUGAUGUGGUUAUAAUUAAAAACCGAUAAUAGCUAAGCUAUCGACAGCACAGUAGCUAUAAAUGCGUGCAUUUAUAACUUUUGACGUGUACAGUUUUUCUAUCCGUAAGCCAAAUAUGCAUUAGAUACAUUUAACGAAAAAAUAGAUUCAUUGCAAAUAUUUUAUUUUGGAUUCAUUUUGAAUCACCAAUCAAUGAAGUGCGCCGUUGUUGAUUCAGAGGAAGGUAAAUUCGUAAGCGUUUCGCUCUUAUGCAUUGUUUCGACAGACGAAGUAAAAUAUAUAGCAACUACAACCAAUUGCUAUAAUGGAAUAUGUCAUCCCAAUAACAAUAAAAAUACUAGGAUAAAAGCACUCUUUAUUGCUCGAGCCAUUCAUUAGGCAAUGUCUUACUGAUAUGGAGCUUUGUUCAUUAGUAUAACCAAAUAUGGGUAUAAUAUAAUUGUGUAUAGGUAUGCUUUAUUGGAGCGAUCAUUUCUAUUGUCUAUCGCGUUUUAGUAUUCUGCAAAAAAACAGCGGCAUCCGAAAAACCAGUAAUCUUCAUUUAUCGUGUCGAAUUCAUCGGAUAAUACUCACAAGUUGUGCUUAACAGUUUCGUAUACGUCUAUUAAUUUUUUUGUUUUAGUGACACUGUUGGUUCCUCCUCUCUAAUCUCCGUCCUGUGUUCAUUGGUUCUCCACGGGCCUCUCUCUAUUCUAUAAAUAGGCGUUGCUCUGUGAACGCAGGUCCGAAACCCCGUAGUAGACUACGAGGAACUGGUUACGGCAUACCUUUCAUCGUUUUUUUCAAAACGCGAUUCACUAAAAACUGACCCUCUCCAGAAAAAAAGACUUACAGCAAGUAACGAACUGGUAAGUGCCAGGAAAUCCUUUAAGGGUUACGUUAAUUGAUUGGUGCGGUUGAAUUUGAAACUUCCUUUGUUUGUGGACAAAGCACUAACAUCGUGCGAGACGCACCCAGUAGGCUCGGUAUCUGAAAAGCACAUCUGUAAUGAGCGAAUGUGGGUAACACACUUGCUUGGAAAACAGAAUGAUGAAAGUCGCGACAAUAUAAAAAGACUUGGCUAGUGUUUGCCAGCUCUUUGAUCAGCUUAUAGAUUAAAUAAGAACUGAUUUCAUGCAAACUGAUGCUUAAGAGAAGAACUGAGAAUUAGUGGUGCAUAUUGGUCUUAGUGAAAGUGAGUUCCAUUGUCGAAGCUGGACGCAACAUUUGGCUCACAUGAAAUAAGCCUUGUUUUAAUAAUAUAUAUAGGGCCGUGAAUAAAAGAGUUGCCUAAAUUCAUUUAAAAAUAAGAAAAGCAACUUUUGUGUGACUAGAUGUUUAUAACGAAAUGCCGACUCUCGCUUAGGUCUUACGAGAAUGAUAUUUAUGACAAGAAGCUGAAAUUGUAGCGAUGAGCGUGGAUCAACUAAAAGACGAAGGCAAUCAGUUUUUCCGGCAAGCCGACUAUGGAGGAGCGUUAGAAAAGUAUAUGGAAGCUCUGAAGAUAACCAACGAAGGCGACAGCGAAAAAAAAGCCAUCUUGCACAACAAUAAGGCUAUGGUCUAUCUCAAACUUAACAGGUUUGAAGAUGCCAUAGAAGAGGCUUCGACAGUUCUGCUAUUCGAUCCGUCAAAUGUGAAAGCACUUUUUCGGCGUGCGCAGGCUUUGGAAGGCCUAGAAAAGUACGACUUGGCCUUUAAAGAUGCCCGCCAAGCCCUACACAUAGAGCCGAAGAACGCAUGCGUGUUGCCAAUGCUUGAAAGACUCAACGCUCGAUUGCAGGAUAUCGCUAAAGAGCACUCCAGUACAAAAAGUCGGGCUGAAACAAUGCUGAACAUCAUCAAAGAGAUAGAGUCGCCAUUUGAGAAGAAAAUGACCGCAGUGAACAACUUGAUUGUAGUCGCCCGCGAGAGGGUCGGCGCUGAUAUAAUUAUGUCACUGAAGGGGCCUCAUACGCUGUACCAAGCUAUGAAGUUGCUCCAGAAUGAAGAUUUCAAUCACGGCUCUGUUCGAAUCUUCGGUGAAAUCUGCAGACGAGGAGUAAAUCAGAGCCUGAAUAUCAUCAAGACGCUUGGUCUUCCAUAUUUGUUGGAUUUGUUUACGUCGAAGAAUCCCGCUUUUAUUGUUUCCGUCCAAUUUAUGGUGCAGCAAAUCAUCAAUUCAUUAUCGGGAAUGACGCUGGAGGAUGGCAAAGCGGAAAAGGCGAUGAUCAAGAAAUAUUCAAAGGAGAUUGAUUCUGUGAUGCUAACUUUAACGACAACAGUCAAUUCUCGUGUUAUUUCGGGCCUCGGACGAGAUGCCAUCCUUGAAUUGAUCACCAAGAACGCCGACUACCAGGCACUGGAUUGGGCACUUAAACUUGUCGAAAACGACGGCUUGUUCAGACUUCUAGACGUUGCGUCCGAGCUGCCGGAAAUUAGGUACGAAUCGUCGAUGGAAAUCACUGACGAGACGAAGCCAAAAGUCUCGGUCUGUCUUGACCGAAUUUGGUACUGCAUGGACCACGACGCUGCGAAAGACAAGUUUCGUAAGUGUGCCAAAGACUUUAUCGAUGACAAACUUCGGACCGGCGAAGAGCUUGAGCCGAAGAUACGAGCUACGGCGACGAUCACGGCACUGCUUCUGGGGCCGCUCGAAUGUGGUAACAGCAUCUUGGCACAGGCAGGCGUGGUAGAGAUGAUGAUCGCGAUGGCGGGCUCUGACGAUGAAAUUCAGCAGAGGGUAGCUGCGGAAGCUCUUAUCGCGGCUGCAUCAAAGAAAGACAAAUGCACCUCGAUCCUGUCAAUGGGAACGACAAUUCUCAAAAAUCUAUAUAAAAGUCCCAACGAAAAUAUUAGGGUGCGAGCGCUGGUCGGUCUGUGCAAGCUGGGCAGUUUUGGUGGAACCGAUUCGUCGAUGAGACCGUUCUCCGACGGAGCGUCCCUCAAAUUUGCUGACUGUUGUCGAAAGUUCCUCGUCAACCCGAGCAAGGACCGAGAUAUAAGGAAGUGGGCGGCGGAAGGCCUUUCGUAUCUUACCCUUGAUGCGGAUGUGAAGGAAGACCUAAUCGAUGACAAAAAUGCUAUUAAAGCAUUGAUUGAUUUAGCAAAGGAGAUGAAGAGUACAGUGCUCUAUGCCGUUGUGACUACACUAUGUAACGUUACUAAUAGUUACGAUAAACAGGAAAUUCUUCCCGAAUUGUUAGAAUUGGCCAAAUUUGCAAAACAGCAUAUUCCGGAAGAGCACCCGAUGGACUCACAAGAAUACGUCGAGAAACGGGUUCGAAUUUUAGCUGAAACUGGCGUAACAACCGCUUUAGUUGCGCUCUCGACAACAGAAUCAAAGAACUCACGAGAGAUCAUUGCGCGUAUCUUCAACGCGAUCUGUGAACAGCAAGAUCUGCGAGGAAUUGUGGUCCAGCAAGGCGGAGCACGUUGUUUAAUACAAUUGGCGCAAGAAAACACACAAAAUGGAAAGAUGAUCGCCGCUCAGGCACUCGCCAGGGUUGGGAUUACGAUCAAUCCGGAAAUCGCGUUUCCUGGCCAGCGCGCGUACGAUGCUGUCAAGCCUUUAAUCGAUCUGCUUGCCGUCAACAAUACAGGUCUGCAGAACUUCGAAGCGUUAAUGGCACUCACGAAUUUAGCCGCGGUCAGCGACUCGGUCCGAAAGCGAAUUGUCAAGGAUGGAAUAGCGCCGAUCGAGCACUACGUUUAUGAAGACCACGAACAUCUCCGACGAGCAGCUACGCAAUGUCUCCUUAAUUUAAUGAUGCUGGAUGAUGUUCAAAAACGUUUUGAGAUCGGGGAUCGCGUGAAGUUGUUUACACUUCUGCUUGGAGAGGAUGAUUUAGGCACAAGAAUGGCGGCUGCUGGAGCCAUGGCCAUUCUGACAUCGGCGAGCGAGGUGGCCUGUAGCAAAAUGAUCAAGGUUAAAGACUGGGAGGACCUUAUCGGAGCAGCUUGCCUCUGCGAAAACAUUGAGAUGCAAUACAGAGGUUUCUGUAUCCUGUAUAAUCUGGUAGCUUCUCGUCGCGAAGUGCUCGAAAGGAUGGUUAGCGGAGAGUCAAAGCUCAUGCAGAUGUGUCAGGCCAUCCUGCAGGUUGGACAACUCGAAGAUCGAACGCGGGCGUUGGCGCAGGAAGUUUUGAAGCGUGUCGAUGAAUGGACGAACAACGCAGCAGACAAGACUGAUGCUCCUGAUUCCACUGCACAGGAGCAAGUUGAUUAGGGGAACAGCUUGUCACAAGCCAGUCACCGCCGUACCUCAACAAAGCACAUUGCUUAUCAACGGAUGACGCGACAUAAUUGAGUACCCUUAGCAAAUGCUGCAGCAUCCAUGAGCCUUAUAAUUGACUAGCCAUUUCAGCCAAUUUGCUAUAACUCGAGGUAUGCGUUAUUGGCCAAGGUUUGUUUAUCAGGACAGCAUAAUCAGGCCAUGAGAUAAGACGGUGAUCAAAACUAGUAAACAAAACUAGUCUUGAAUGUAUAGUGUGGAUGAUGCAUUACCAAUUCAUUACAAGCGGGAGAAGAACGCUAGUGUCAGCUUUCUGUUACCACUACUAUCAUAGACACAAUAAUUAAGAGAAGAUACUCGGAUCCGAAUUUGGAUUGUCGAGCACAAAAAGUCGUGCAGUUAUUCUCAUGUCGCAGUUGUUAAAUGGGUCGAUAUACUGUCAUUCAAUGAUUCAUACGGUUUGUCUUACUGCGCGAUCAACAAUGACAAUCAUAUGUAUGACUCUUAUCCUAAUAUAAUAAUCCUAUCGGUGCUCUUUGCCCAUAAGCUGAUAUCUAUUCACAUAUGUGGUAUUGACUUCGGCCACAUUAACGGUCACAUAACGUAGAGGUCUCCUCUAGAUGCAGCUGUGAAUAUUGCCACAAAAAUUAGUCAACGAGCGACCAUGUUGACGAUUACAUAUGAGUUUAUUCACUUGGAUGCUGAAGAUGUACCAAACUACGUUGAAUGUUUAAUGCAAAAUAGAUGUGGUAUAGCUGUAUGGAAAAACGGAUAUUUUGAGAAGAAUAUAUUUAUAUAUUCUUCUCAAAAUAUUGCGUUUUAACUUCAUGAAAUCGUCUCUUCAAGUGAUUGGGAACCGUCUUACUAAUAUCUAUUUAUAUGAUGAAAUUCAACCGAGACAAUUAAAUUUGGUUAUCGAUAAUUGCUUUGCUAGAUCUUUACUGACAUCAAUCUCGUGCUUGAAAAAGAAUUGAUUUUCAUGGCGAUAAUCUGUAUGAAACGAUGAUUAAGGUCACCUGGAUAUUGGUUAGCAUCGGUGUUGUACAGAAGGUGCUUGAAAAUAGAUAUACUCAGUAGUAAUCGUUGAUUUAGGAACUGUUUCCUGUUUGAAGGGUUGAAGUGUAUCCGUAAAUAGUCCAGUAUAACUACGAUCACAAUGAUGCGUUGGUCUAGAACACGUGUUAAAUUCGUGAGACAUGAUGCAUGGAAUAAAAAUCGAAUUUUCUGUUUAAUUGAAUUGGAGCCUAAAUUGAGGGAGCGAAAUCACUAGCGAUGUGUGGGUAAAAUAGAGCGGAUUUCUUCAAAUGCAAAUGUCACGAUCUGGCAUAGUAUGAUAUCAAAUCUGAUUUUGUUAAGCAAAAACACUUAGGACGGAUUGUGACUGAAAUUUGUUCGACACUGCACAUUAGCAUUUCGGGCCUAUUCCAGCUAAAUUAAGUUAGAGGACUGUUUUUCUUUGCUACAGACAAGAAUGUAACACAGUCGACUCAUUUGUGUUUAUUGAACCCAACAUGUCAGUAUGGAAAUGUGCCAGCGUGUUUUCAUGAUAAAUAUAAUGAUUAAUGCAAAUAAAUCAAUUGUACGGAGUAACGGCUAAUAUCUUGGCAAACAAGCUAAGCCUUUCCAUGAGGUCAGAUUUUAUCUAAACAGGUAGAUUUGGCAUUUACAGGUGUUUUGUUUGCCUUCUGAAUGGUUAUUGCCUCUCCAUGCUGUUGCUCUUCAAAAUACGAAGAACUUAGUUGACGGCAACAGCGUUAGCUAUACAAGAGUCAACCAUACUCUCAUUGGCGAAAAACCCUCUAUCGACAUGCUUCCAAUCUGCUUAGAGCGAUCACAGGCUUUCGCUGACCAUCCCAACAACUCUUGGCGUCAGAGGUAUAUCGGCUGCUUUAACAGAUUUUCGCGGCUUACAUCGCAUUAACGGCACUGUUGGCAAACCGUAGUUUGCUUAGGGUAGAGAACCUGUAUCAGCUGAAUUUUCUAUUAAGUAAUAGGUAAAACGAACAGCGCGCAGGCUUUCUGUAGAACUUGGAACUGAAAACAUGUCUAUAUAUUUACGUAUAUAUAUAUAUAUACGGGUGCUACGUUAGAGGCAUGACGUCAAAUGGUAUUUUGAGAGAUAGCCCUAAGGCCGUUCUAGGCGUAUUAAGCAAAGCGAUGUGUCAAUGAGCGGAAACUACAAAUAGAGAUGAGACCCCGUAACUGCAGCCAUCGUCAAGAUGGCCUUUGCAAAUGAGAAAGUACUAAAAGGAAAGGGGUCGGAUAAUUAGCUGAUGUUGGAGCAACCUAUGAUUCAAGGUGUGUGAGAGUUGUGUCUUUUAGUCCGCGUAGCUUCAGCUUUGUAAAUAUGACCUAUACGGUAGCGAAAAAGAAGACAAAUAUAUCAUUUGAUACCACUAGAACAUAACUGAGUGCCUUCGUUCUUCGAGACCCUAACUUUAUCAUGUUAGUUAGUCUUAGGCGAAACCUAAGCCGAACAGUUGCAGAUCUCGAACUCUAAUGACUCCCGUAUUGGUUAUUACCAACGCGUGUUCUACACGACAUAUCUAUUCGUACUUUAUAUGUAUUUACUGUUAAUUAAAGCUCAACCCUAUUUAAUAAAGAACGCGUUUGCAACAAUUUCAAACA